AUGCCGGGCGCCGGCGGCAGCCUCACCCCGCAGGUGCACUGGGCGCAGCGCCACCGCGAGCUCUACCUGCGCGUGGAGCUCAGCGACGUCCAGGAUCCUGACAUCACAAUUACAGACAAUGUGCUCCAUUUCAAAGCUCACGGUCAUGGCGCCAAAGGGGACAACAUAUAUGAAUUUCAGAUUGAGUUCCUUGAACCCGUCAAACCGCAGCCUGUCUGUAAAGUGACCCAGAGACAGCUGAACAUCACUGUGAAGAAGCAGGGGAGCCAGUGGUGGGAACGGCUGACCAAGCAGGAGAAGCGGCCACUCUUCCUCGCACCCGAUUUUGACCGCUGGCUGGAUGAGUCGGACGCUGAGAUGGAGCUGAAAGCCAAGGAGGAAGAAAGAAUUAACAAAAUCAACAUAGAGAACAGAAUUCCUAAAGACCCUUUCCGGCACCUGAAGAGAGGGUUCUUGUUCAUGUACAACCUCGUUCAGUUCCUGGGCUUCUCCUGGAUUUUUGUGAACAUGACGGUUCGGCUUUUCAUGCUGGGAAAAGAUUCCUUCUUCGAUACGUUCCAUGCCACCUCAGACAUGAUGUACCUGUGCCAGACGCUGGCCGUGAUGGAGAUUGUGAACACCUUGAUUGGCCUCGUGCGGGCUCCUUUGGUGCCCAUCUUACUGCAGGUCUUUGGGAGGAAUUUUAUCCUAUUUGUUGUCCUCGGAGGGGUGGAGGAAAUGCAGAGCAAAGCUGUCGUCUUCUUUGUCUUCUACAUCUGGAGCUUGGUGGAGAUAUUCAGGUACCCCUUUUAUAUGCUUUCCUGCAUUGACAUAGAGUGGAAGAUCCUGACGUGGAUCCGCUACAGCAUCUGGAUCCCCCUGUACCCUCUGGGGAUCCUGGCAGAAGCCGUGACCGUGAUUCAAGCCAUCCCCGUCUUCAGCAGAACGGGGAGGUUCAGCUUCUCGCUGCCGUCUCCCCUGAGCUUCACCAUUCCGUUUUCGGUGGUUCUUCAGCUGUAUCUGGUGGCCUUGUUUCUAGGGCCAUUUGUCAACUUCCGUCACCUCUACAAGCAACGGAAGCGGCACCUGGGCCCGAAGAAGAGGAAAGCACACUAGGCUUCAGCGU